CUCGGAGCUGCUAACGUCUUGUGGAGGACAACGUCUCUCGGUCCGAAACCAGAAACUGAAGCGAAGGAGCCGAACAACCAGUUGGGGAAAAAGACGAGCUCUGUUGGUACCAUGAAGAUAGUUUUGGGUCUGGUUUUUGUGCUCACCCUCUCGGUCAUCAGGGCUCAGGUUCCUCACUGGGGCCCGUGUCCAGAACCAGAAGUCCAACCCGCCUUCAGCCUUCAACAGUUCACUGGGAGAUGGUUCGAAAUCGCCAAACUGCCGGCGCAGUUUGAGAAGGGCCGCUGCAUCGAAACCAAUUUCACCCUCAGGACCGACACCUCGGUCAGGGUGGUCAGCUCCGAAGUGCAAAAAGGACAGGUGAGGAAGAUUGAAGGAACUGGAAUCGUAGUGGAUCCCAAAAAUCCAGCCAAACUGGGAAUAAGUUAUUCCUAUGUCCUCCCAUACUCCCCUUACUGGAUCUUGUCCACGGACUACGUGACCUUUGCCCUGGUGUAUUCCUGCACGGACGUCCUCAGACUCUUCCACGUCGACUUCGCCUGGAUCCUGGGCCGGACCCGGAGCCUGCCGGACUCCACCAUCGAGAAAGCCCUGAACACCUUCGCCUACAACAACAUCGACGUGACCAGAAUGACCCCCAGCCGGCAGCAGGACUGCGAUAAAACCUUCUGAGGGGUCGGGGACGGCUCAGUUUUUGUUUUUAGUUUAGAGAAAAAAAAACUUUAAUGUGAG